AGCAUUCUGACAGGGAGAAAGGGAGAGAGAUGGGAAUGGUUGGUAUUAAUUGGUUCGCUUCGGUGCUCAAAGUUCCUUUGGGUAUGCAACUACAGAACAAAACAUUAUGGCGAUGUAUAGUUCCUCCUUAUCUUAACUACCCUACAAGGCUCACUCCAAUAUCUUGUAAACUGCCAGAAAGUGGGACUGAGGACAACCCUACCGUCACAGGCAAAAGGGUUCACAAGAACAAGGACAGGAUGGAGGACUACAACGUCGCUAUGAAGAGAAUGAUGAGGAACCCUUAUGAGUAUCACCAUGAUCUGGGUAUGAAUUAUACUCUUAUAACGGACUACUUGAUUGUGGGUUCUCAACCGCAGAAACCGGAAGACAUAGAUCACUUAAAAAAGGAAGAGGGUGUGACAUACAUUCUAAAUUUGCAACAGGAUAAAGAUGUUGAUUACUGGGGAAUAGAUUUACAGUCAAUAAUAAGAAGGUGUCACGAACUUGAAAUUGGCCACAUUAGGAGACCGGCAAAAGACUUUGAUCCAGGGUCCUUGCGAAGUGAACUACCUAAAGCAGUUGCAUCCUUGGAAUGGGCAAUUUCUCAGGGGAAAGGAAGAGUUUAUGUACACUGUACUGCAGGGCUUGGAAGAGCUCCAGCGGUGGCAAUUGCUUAUUUGUUCUGGUUUUGUGGCAUGAAGCUAAAUGAAGCGUAUGAUAUGCUAACUUCAAAGAGACCUUGUGGACCAAAUAAAACAGCAAUACGUGGAGCUACGUAUGAUUUGUCUAAGAAUGAUCCAUUCAAGGAGCCAUUUGAGAAUCUUCCAGAAUAUGCAUUUGAGGAUAUAGCAGACUGGGAAAGAAACUUGAUCCAAAAUCGUGUUCGCUCCCUUCGAGAUACUUGACAACUUAGCGAAGCAUACAAGAAUGAAGGAAAUACAAGCUGAAAUUUGUACAAACGCAGAGGAUAUUCUUUGUUUGACAGCAACGGUGGAAAAACUUCAAAAAACGAUGGAAGAGAAAAAAUCACUUAGGAAACUACAAGGGAGAAAAAAUCAUACCUAGGAAACUUCAAGGGAGGAUAUCAAGCUUUCCUUACAACAACUGUUGCAAAACUCAGCCCACACUCAUGGAGCCCUUCGAACUCAAAUCUAACCGCUUCGCUCACAAAGGUUUCACUAUUCAAGGUCAUUUCUAUUGAUUUUCCUCAUUACGGUACAUAACAUGUUGAAAUUGCAUCUAUACAUUUUGAAAAAGAUAUAGUGUCGUGGUUCCAAAUGCUCCAGAAAAUUGAAGCUGUUACAACUUGGCCAACACUAACCCGAGCUUUAGAAUCUCAAUUUGGACCCUCUUCCUUUGAUUUUUCUAUGACUGAACUAUUUAAGCUGCAACAAAACGGGCCAGUUUCGGACCUAUUAUUUGAAAUUCAUGUCUCUUGCGAAUAGAUUAGAAGGAUUGUCUAAGGAAGCGGUUUUCAAUUGUUUUGUAAGUGGCUUAAAUGCGGAUAUUAAGCUUAAUGUGGUUGCUUUUUCCCCACCAAACUUAGUAAGAGUUGUUGCUUUAGCUGGGAUUUAUGAAGAAAAAUAUAUGCCUAACCAAACAUCAGUUGGGAUUUCUCCAACCAAACAUAAACACUCACCUUGCGAUGGUUCCUUUGUCACUGCAACCACUAAAAUAUCUCCCAGAAACCCAUUAUCAAACACAAAGACAACAUUACCACCUUUAUUACCUACCCCUCCCUCUAGGAUCAAUAAUGAGAAAUUCUAAUGUGAAAAGGAUAAUUCUAGCUGAAAUGCAAUUGCAAAGAGAGAAAGACCUAUGUUACUUCUAUGAUGAGAAGUUCUCCUUCAAUCAUAAAUGCCCUAACAGAUAGUUGUAAUUGUAUUACAACACAGAGAAGAAGAUGCUGACAUAACUGAAUGUAAAGCAGAACUGGAGAAAAAACAAAAUUGCAAAUGAGUGAUGAUCAUCAUUUGUCACUCAUUGUGUUAAAAGGCAGCUUGGGAGUAGGUACUAUUAAAUUUAUGGUUCAUGUAGGAACCUUGCCUUUAAAAGUGUUGAUUGAUGGUGGUAGCUUGUAUAAUUUCUUACAAUCUAAAGUUGUUAAAUUAUUUAAACU